UAGGCUUUACAAAAUGGGUACUAAAAUGGAUCCCGAGUUACAAAAAAAGUUGACAACAGAAUCAGAGAAAUUUCAGGCUCUGCAAAAGGAUCACCAGAAGUUUGUGAAAGCUAGACAAGUGCUAGAUGGACAGCUUAGUGAAAAUACAUUUGUUAAAGAGGAGUUGGUAAGAUUGGAGCCAUCUUCAAAUGUGUACAAAAUGAUUGGUCCAGUACUUGUGAAACAGGAUAUUGCUGAAGCAAAGGAAGUUGUGCAGAAAAGAAUUGACUAUAUAAGUGGAGAAGUAAAACGCCAUGAGGAAAUGAUCAAAGAUUUGGACAAGAAACAAGAAUCACAGAAGGAAGUUUUACAGAAGUUACAGUCUCAGUUUCAACAAUAUCAACAAAAGGCAGCCUUGAAAACAUAGCACUGACUUACAUUUGAAUAUUUAGUGACUUGCUUUUCAAACUGAUGUGCAUUUCUUAUUGCAUGCUUAAACUGAAAACUUUUGAAAUUCUCUGAUCUAUCUACAUGCGUGCUUGAUAUUGGAACAGGAAGGUUUUUAUAUUUUGAAAUACUUAUUCAACAGAGGUUCCUGGAAACGUUCGUUCUAAAAUGAUUUUAAUAAUUCAGUGAGUUAAAACCAUCUCGUAAUUUAACUGUAUUGAAUAGGGAGAUUUUCUUUGUACUAUUUAUAAGUAUAAACUUUAAGAAGCAAGCUAGAGGGAGCAGCAUCUUGAUAUCUUGUGGUUGUACUUACAAAAUGUAUUCAUUUAAACAUUUAUAAUAGUUGUUUGCGCAAAACAAUGACAUUUCACAGGGUGCCAAAUAAUUCUUGUGUCAGUAGGUUUUUUUAUUACAAAAUGGUUAGCUGCCAUUUAAUCCUAAAUUGUCUCCUUUUCAUUAAAAGAGAGGAAAGCUUUAUGACAUACUUUAAGUAAAUUGUGGCCCCUUUUAUACUUUUUUUAUCAUAAAACUUAAAAUUAAUGGAAAAGCAAGUGGAACUUUAUUAUUGUAUAUAUUUCUGAACAGUCUUAAUACUGCAUUUGUAUUUUUAGCAAAAUUUAGCAAAUAAUGAAAGAACCUGAAAGGUUGUUCUCUUUAUCUACAAUAUCAAACUUUUUUGUCACAGUCAUAUUAUUGUUAAUUGAAUUUAAAAGUGUAUGAAUAUUAUUUCUUUGAAAUUGAGGAGUGCAUUUUACCCAAAGGCUUAUUGGAUAUGGAUCCCUAGUGUAAAAUCUGGACACCUCCAGGUUUAAGUGAAGUAUUUUGAAAUUUAGAAAGUGAUUUCUUCAGUAAGUAAUUACAGUACUAAGAAUUCCUGUUAGUAGUGAUUCAGUUUGUUUCAAAAAAUUCUUAUCUAUAAAGUCAUUCUGAUAUUUAAUAUAUAGAAAACUUCAAUGUCAUUAGUCACACUUUUGAUUUUUGUUUUGUUAUACAAAAGAAGGAACGUAGCUGUACUUUAUUUAAACAAUACUAGUUUUCAAUUUUUGAUAUCUAAUAAUCAUUUGCUAUCAGAUUUGAAUAGAAAAUAAAUGAAAUGGGCAUAUGAACCUUACCUUGUCACCAGAACAGAUUCAGAUUAAUUGAACCAUACAUGUACCAAUUCAUUGAACUUGAUGUCAAUAAAAUGCUUAAGCUGAAACAA